CGGCGGCUCCUUUCGUUGAAGCAAGUCAUUUUAUACUUCUGGCUUGUUUUAUGAUUUUCCUGCAGAGUAGCAGAAUAGAAUGUCUCGCCGGGUUCGCAGUGAAGAGCAAGAUGAACUGCUUUAUCAGGAUUCAGAUGUGACGGACCGACGGGAUAACAGGUGUAAAGUCAAGUGGUCUCGUGAAGAAGAUGAGCUGUUGAAUUCACUGGUGACACAGUUUGGACAUGACUGGAAAUUCCUAGCAAGCCAUUUUCCUAACCGCACUGAACAGCAGUGUCAAUAUCGCUGGCUAAGAGUGCUGAACCCUGUUCUUGUUAAAGGCCCCUGGACUAAACAAGAAGAUCAGAAGGUCAUUGAAUUGGUGAAAAAAUACGGCACAAAGCAGUGGACUCUCAUCGCCAAGCAUUUGAAAGGCCGACUAGGAAAGCAAUGUCGGGAACGUUGGCAUAACCACCUGAACCCUGAAGUCAAAAAGUCGUCCUGGACGGAGGAGGAAGACCGCAUAAUAUGCGAGGCUCACAAGGUUUUGGGAAACCGAUGGGCUGAGAUUGCCAAGUUGCUGCCUGGAAGGACAGAUAAUGCUGUGAAAAACCAUUGGAAUUCUACAAUCAAAAGGAAGGUGGACACGGGAGGCUUUCUUAAUGAAGCAAAAGAAUCCAAGCCCCUCUAUUUGCUGGUGGAGGUGGAAGGCAAGGAAGGCCAAAAUACACCAGAAGGGGAAAAUCAGCAACAUUUUUUGACCAACUGGCCUGUCCACACCUUGGAAAUAAAGAAGGAAGAAGUCACUGAUGAAGAACCAACAGAACUGCAGAUGUUGCCAUCUGAGCCAAUGCUUGAAAGCCUGGUGGAGCCCAGUGUCACUGGAGCAUCAGAAAACAUGGUGCCAGAUGAUCCUUUGGAUGAAGGUUCUUCUGCAUGCACUUGGGUGGUUGAAGCAGGCAGUUAUUUGUGUACUGCUGUAGCCCCAGCUAUUUCAGAAGCUCUGGACAUGAUUGAAUCUGACCCAGAUGGCUGGUGUGAUCUGUCUCAGUUUGACCUACCUGAUGAUUUGUCUGCAAGUAACAGCAACAGCCCAGAGAGGCAAACCUCUGUAAAGCCCUACUGUUCCUCACAGAAUGUGACGGAGUACCGUUUAGAUGGCCACACCAUCUCGGAUCUCAGCAAAGGCAGCAAGGGUGAACUCAUCCCCAUCUCGCCUUGCACAGACAUGAGCUUUGGCACACCCCCUGCUGUGCUCAAGAGGCAAAAGAAGAGGAAAAUUAGUCUCUCACCAGUUUUAGAGGGUGGCACCAGUACAAACCUCUCCUUCCUUGAUUCCUGUAACAGCAUGACACCUAAGAGCACUCCAGUUAAGAGCACCCCCGUCAAAACUCUGCCAUUCUCCCCAUCCCAGUUCCUGAAUUUAUGGACCAAACAAGACACUCUUGACUUGGAGAAUCCCUCCUUAACUUCCACACCUGUCUGCAGCCAGAAGGUGAUUGUGACAACCCCACUGCACAGGGACAAGACCCCACUGCUGCAGAAGACCUCUGUAUUUGUGACUCCUGAUCAGAAAUAUACAACAGACAAUACACCUCACACACCAACUCCUUUUAAGAAUGCUCUAGAGAAGUAUGGCCCAAUAAGGCCUUUGCCCCAAACACCUAAUCUGGAGGAGGAUUUAAAAGAGGUACUCUGGAGUGAGACUGGAAUGGAACUGAUCAUAGAAGAUGAUGUGAAACCAGAGAAACAGAAGAGAAAACAAGGCUUGCACAGGAGUCCAAUUAAGAAGGUCAGGAAAUCCCUUGCUUUGGACAUUAUUGAUGAAGACUUGAAGCUGACUGUUUCCACCAUGGCCAGCCCUGUUUGCUUCAAAAGAACUCAGUCCCUAAACUUUUCCUUGUCAAGCAGCAAGAAUGACAACAGUUUACUCAACAGAGGAUUUGUGCACAUAAAGUCUGAGAAGGUUCCGUCUUCUAGAAGAAACCAAAGUAAAUUCAGGGCACCAGCUCUGAUGUCCAGUGCUUGGAAAACUGUGGCUUGUGGUGGUUCCAAAGAUCAGCUGAUCAUGCAAGACAAAGCUCGUCAAGUCCUGGGUGUUUUGAAACAGAAUCACACAUCUCGGACAUUGAUCUUAUCUUGAAGAACUCUGUAAUAAUAAGUUGUUCUGCUUUUUAUAUGGAAGUGGGGAAGAGAGGAAGAGAAAAUAUUUGACUUAUUUUUUCAGUGCAACUUCUCUUUCAUGACAUCUGAGAUUUGAAAUUGUGCUAAGUUCCUGAUUCUAAAUGGGGUGCAGAAAAUUUGGGCCUAGCAGAAUGCCAAGAAUGUGACAGCCAUAAGUACAAAGAAAUACCCACGCUCUCAACAGUCUUUUUGUACUUCCUGGGUCAUUUGCAUAAGUGGAAACAGACACAGUUUUGUCUUUGCCUUCAACUGACCUACAAGAGGGACCUAAGAGGUGAAUGAAGUGACACUGAUGAGACAGCCCUGGAUGUCUGGAUCUAGUUAGUUUCUACCCGCUCUGUUCAGUUUUGCAGAGCUGGGCAAUGGUUUUGGAUAAAAGGAAGAUUACAUAUUACCAGCUGGAAGUAUCUGUGAACACCAGACUGAACCCAGAACACGAUCUGAUAUGCUAUGAAAGUAUAGUAUUGAAACCAAUUCCACAGACCAUUGCUGGCUAAAAACUAAUAACAUCACUGCCUUUACCCUUUGUCAGCAUCUUUUGCUCCUUACUGAGAUCCAUGAUUACUUAUAAAUGCAAGCCACAAUGUACAAACCUAUUUUGUGUGAUAUUUCCAGGGUCCACCAGAGGGUGCUGAUGUUAACAUACUGCUCUAGCUCACCAGCCUAUAUAAAUCCAUCUAAGGAACAAGCCAGAUGCCUUAAAGAAAUAGUCUAUGUAUUGGGUGUACAUUCUUGUAGGAGACUUUGGGAACACCUGUGUAUAGGUGUGAAGGCGUGGGACAUACUGCAUGAGGAAAGCUACGCUCAAUGCAAAUUUGCUUCUGACAAUGUCUGCAAGCCACAUUUACUGUUUUGCUGUAGAAG